AUGUUAGAUAUCUUAUUAUCUCCAAAAAAUAUUCAAAAACCAAGCAAAUUGUUACCAAAAAAAAUAAUCAAUGAUUUCGUAUAUCAUUUAGAAGAUUGUUUAGGGUAAGGAGAAUAUAGUUCAGUAUUUAAAGGCUAAGACAGAAGAUCUGGAUAAGAAGUAGCAAUUAAAGUAAUUAAGAUUAUAAUAUAAUGUUUAGGUUAUUGAGAAUUCUAAAUUGAAUUCAAAUUUCUCAAGACAGAUGUUGAGUAAUGAAAUUGAAUCAUUAAAGAAACUCAAUUCUCCAUACAUCUUAUAGUAUAUCAAUUACAUUUACACUCCUAACAAUCAAUACAUCAUAACUGAAUACUGUAAUGAAGGAGAAUUGAAAUUUGUAAAGAAUCGAUCAGAUUAAUAAUUGUUAAGGAUUUUCCAUUAAUUACUGUAGGCAUUGAAGGAACUUAAAUCUAAGAGUAAUUAUAAUAAUUGAUAAUCAUAGAUAUCAUUCAUAGAGACAUCAAACCUCCAAAUAUUAUGAUGCACAAUUGUAUAACGAAACUUGCUGAUUUUGGUUUUAGUGUUAAUAUGAAUUCUUUGGAGUUAUAAAAAUCAUCAUUUGGUACUCCACUCUAUAUGGCACCUGAAUCAUUAUUAAAUGAUAUGUACAGUUUUUAGUCUGAUGUAUGGUCAGUUGGAAUUACUAUGUAUGAACUCAUAUAUGGGAAUGUACCCUUUUAUCAUAGUAAAGAAUCAGAAUUAAAGAAAAUAAUUCGAGAUUAUGUAAAUAAUCCAAUCUUAAGAAUACCUUAAUCAAUAUUCAUUCCAUUACUUAAAGGAAUGCUUGAUCCAAAUCCUAAAACUAGAUUUACUGUAGAAUAAUUGUUAUCGAUGAUUUCAAUCGAUUAAAAUACUUAAAAUAUUUCUUAAUCAGAAAUUAACUUCUUAAGCAAUUUCGCAUAAAACUUAUAGCAUUUUGAGACUAACAUUAAUGACAUAUGUCUUCGAUGGGCAAUUUUGAAAAUCCUUGCAACUCAAUAUAAAAUGAAUGGAAUUGCUCAAUCCUAAAUUAAUUAAUAAAUUAAUUAAAUACAAAAUACUACUAAUUUCUAUAUGAUUAAAGACUAAAAGAUGAUUGAUCUAAUAAAUUCUAAAUCAGAUGCAUGUAUUUUAUUUAAAUAAUUUAUAUAGAAUUUGUGUAUAUACUUAGAUAAAUAUUGUAACAAAAAAUUAAUUGCUAACAAUACAAACCUAUUGUAUAGGAUAUACUCUAAUGCGAUUCUAUCUUAUUUCACUUAUUUUAAUGA